UAUAUAUAAACACACCCUCUCAACUCUCAUUCAUCAAUCAAACAAAAAAAACAAACCUCACCCCCAUGGAUUCCCUUCUCAUCACCCUCCUCAUCACGGCCGCCACGUCAGCCUACCUCAUCUGGUUCUUACUCCUCGCCCGGACCCUAUCCGGCCCGCCCGCCUGGCCCCUCGUGGGCAGCCUCCCCUACACCUUCCUGAACCGGCGCCGCUUCCACGACUGGAUCGCGGCCACCCUCCGCUCCACGGGCGGCGCCGCCACCUACCAAACAUGCACCAUCGCCGUCCCCUUCCUGGCCCGGCGCCAGGGGUUCUACACCGUGACGUGUCACCCCCAGAACAUCGAGCACAUCCUGCGGACCCGGUUCGACAACUACCCGAAGGGCCCCACGUGGCAGACCGCCUUCCACGACCUCCUCGGGCAGGGCAUCUUCAACAGCGACGGGGACACGUGGCUCAUCCAGAGGAAGACCGCGGCGCUGGAGUUCACGACGCGGACGCUCAGGCAGGCCAUGGCCCGGUGGGUCAGCCGGACUAUCCGGACCAGGCUUUGGGUCAUACUUGAGAAGGCGGCAAAGGAGCGGAGAGCCGUUGAUUUGCAGGAUCUGUUGCUGAGGCUCACGUUUGAUAAUAUAUGUGGCCUUACGUUUGGGAAGGAUCCAGAGACUUUGUCGCCGGAGAUGCCCGAGAAUCCGUUUGCUGUGGCGUUUGAUUCUGCUACGGAGGCGACGUUGCAGAGAUUGCUUUAUCCUGGCUUUUUGUGGAAGUUGAAGAAGCUUUUUGAUACCGGAGCCGAGAGGAGGCUUAGUAGGAGCUUACAGGUGGUGGAAAGGUACAUGUCGGAAGCCCUAGACGCGCGAAAGGAGAGGCCAUCCGACGACCUCCUCUCCCGAUUCAUGAAGAAGAAAGACGCCGACGGCAACCACUUCCAGAGCUCCGUCCUCAAACGCAUCGCCCUCAACUUCGUCCUGGCCGGCCGCGACACCUCCUCGGUCGCCCUCAGCUGGUUCUUCUGGCUGGUGAUGAACCACCCCGCCGUGGAGGCCAACAUCAUCCGCGAGAUCUCCUCCGUCCUCUGCUCCACCCGCGGCACCGACCCUUCAAAGUGGACGGAGGAGCCGCUCACCUUCGACGAGGCCGACGCCCUCGUCUACCUCAAGGCCGCCCUCGCCGAGACGCUCCGCCUCUACCCCUCCGUGCCGGAGGACUUCAAGUACGUCGUCGCAGACGACGUCCUCCCCGACGGCACGGCGGUGCCGGCCGGAUCGACGGUGACGUACUCGAUCUACUCGGUGGGGAGGAUGAAGAGCAUUUGGGGAGAGGACUGCUUGGAUUUCAAGCCGGAGCGAUGGAUCUCCGCCGCGGGCGAUCGAUUCGAGGCGCCCAAGGAUGCGUAUAAGUUUGUGGCGUUCAACGCCGGGCCGAGGACGUGUUUGGGUAAGGAUUUGGCUUAUCUGCAGAUGAAGUCGGUGGCGGCGGCGGUGCUUCUCCGGUACCGGCUGGCGCUGGCGCCGGGGCACCGGGUGGAGCAGAAGAUCUCGUUGACGCUGUUCAUGAAGAACGGGCUGAGGGUGAAUCUGAUUCCGCGGGAGUUGGCGAGGCCGGCUGACGUGGCGGCUGCAGUGUCGGCCUAGGCGGUGGAAAUGGACAUUUUUAUGAUCGGAAAAUGGGGAAUUGGGGUGUGAAUUGGAGGGGCAUAGUUGUCAUUUGGUGAUUUGUGAAAUUGAAUGUAUGUGUUUAUUUGGGUUGUGUAUUUACGAUACUCUAUAUUAAUACAAAUUGUAUACUAUAGAGUGUAUUAAUGGAAAAGAACUUGUCUUUGUAUACAA